AUGCAUCGCAUCCAGAUCAAUGGAAACGCCCGCCCCGUCGCGGGUGCUGUAAGCGCCGCGUCGAUCAGCACUUUCGCAGCACCACCGCCCAGCGUGGCUCAUUCCAACUACAUCCUGAUCCAGGCCAAGGGUCCGUUGAGUGCGCAGCAGAAGCAGGCACUUCGCGACAAGCAAGUCGACGUUCUCGAGUAUCAGGGCGAGGACGUCUACCGCUGCGGCUACAAGCCUACGUCGUUGGAGCCCGUGACCAGCGACCUCCCGGACUUCAUCACCGAUGCCGAGGUAUACCACCCGGAUUACGUGGUUGAACCCGAGCUCAAGACGGAUAAGGACGAUGACGGGGCCGAGGUUGAGGUUGCCAUUCACGACGACGUUGGUGAUGAUGACGUGGACCGCGUGGCCAGCGACAUCGCCACCCAGGCUGAUAUCCCCGGCUCCAGUGUCCGGCUCCAGGACCGGAAGGCUUGCAUCACGGUUUCCAAGGUCAAGCUGGGCCAGCUAGCCCGCAUCGACGAGGUCAAGGCCAUCAACGAGGUGCAGACCCGUCGCCUUCUCAACAAUGUCGCUUGCGGCAUUGUAAAAGCCCACGAGCCCGUUGGUGCGGCCAGCGUCACCUACAAAGGCAAAGGACAAGUCAGGCCGCCCUGCCGCGAAUGGAAUCCGGAUGGCCAUGGCACCCACGUCUGCGGCUCAGUGCUCGGCGACGGAAACCAUGGCGAAGAGGGCCGCAUCGAGGCCCCUGCCUCCGAAGCCAAGCUCAUCAUGCAGUCUCUCUUCGACAAGCUUGACAAGCGUGCCGGACCGAACCCGCAGUCGGAGGGCGCCACGGUCCAUACCAACCCGUGGGGAGGUCCGCCUCAGCUGUACGUCGAGCGGGAGGAGGCCAAGAUCGACGGGUACCUCUGGGGAAAUAAAGCCAUGACGGUGCUCUUUGCUGCAGGCAACGCGGGCGUCGGCGUGGACAGCAGCCCCGGCCACGUCGACGCUCACUCGCUGUCCGCCCAGGCCGUUUGCAAGAACGUCAUCUCGAUCGGCGCGAACAGACGGCCCGACGUCAAGAGCCCGGUGCUGGGAAACAAGCCGCUCGUCAUCGCGGUCGACAACGUCGCCGACAACCCGGAGGGCAUGGCCGCAUUUAGUAGCCGCGGCCCCACCCAGCCGGAUGGCCGGAUCAAGCCCGAUAUCGUGGCCCCCGGCACCACCAUCCUGUCGACCCGCUCCAGCCACAUGGUGCCCGGGCAUCACAGCGAGUCCUGGGGCCACAGCAGCGACGCCGGGUGGAUGUACGAGGGCGGCACGAGCAUGGCCACGCCCCUCGUCGCCGGCUGCUGCGCCGUGGUCCGCGGCGCUCUCUUCGACAACCGUGUGGCCCAGCCGUCGGCCGCUCUCGUCAAGGCCAUCUUGAUCAACGGCGCCGUGCCCUUGAAGGGACAGUACGGCCAGGGCCUUCCCGACGGCGAGUUUUGGCCGUCCGUGGACGCGCCCAACCCCAACUCUGGCUUCGGCCGAGUCAACCUGGCCAGCUCCCUCCGGAGCAUCGUCGCGGGCCCCGAGAGCCGUGUCUGCGGAUUCGAGGAUGUCACGGGCGACCAGUCCCUCGGGAUGGACGGCCGACACCGCGAAGAACACGCCGUCGCUGUAGACAUUCCCACGGGGGGCUCUGCGGCAUUGACUUUGAAGGUCACGCUCGUGUGGACCGACUUCCCGGGCGAGAGGCUGCCGAAUGACCUCGACUUGAUUGUGGCUGGAGCUGGUGGCGAGAAGCAUGGAAACCAGGGGGAUGAUCUUUCCGCGUUUGAUCGAAUGAACAACGUAGAGCAAGUCGUUUGGAGAAAUGUCGAGCUACACCAUCACCACCAAGGACCCCCAGCCGUUUGCUCUCGCGUGGAGAGCGUUUGA